AUGGGGUCCAGCACCAAGAAGAAGAAGGAAAAGAAGAAGGACUUCCAGAAGCCCAAGCUGAAAGUUGGCAAGGCCAAGCCCAAAGCCGCCAAUUUCACAGACACGAGCUUCAAAUCCAAAGCUAUUGUCCUACAGCAGCAACUCUCUGAGCAGGCGCCAGAUGUGGUGGAGAGAUUCCGGCACAAUUUAUCCUUGACGAGCUCUCGCUCCGACUCCCAACGCCGAGAUGCACUAUCAUACUUAACAGGGCAGCUAUCGAUGAGUCCCCCGACAAACCCGGUUGGCACGUCGAAUCUGCUACAGAAGCUGCUUCCGCUGAUGUCCGAUUCAUAUGGUCCUGCGCGCCGCCAACUGCUGAAGUUACUACGGCUUUUGCCAGCGGACGAGGUUCGAUCUCACGUUGAGAAGAUCAUGCUCUACAUUCGAGGGACCAUGACACACAUUUCGCAGGAAAUCAAGGACGACGGGCUGAACUAUAUGGAGUGGCUACUCGACGUUGCCGGCGAAGAUGUUGUCUCGAGCGCUGGCUGUUGGAUCAAGCCCCUGAAAGACUUCAUGUCGGUGCUGGGGUGGACUAUACGGUCGGCACCUACCCUCGCCUCGAAGAAUGGAUGGACGUCUGCUCCGAGGACUACUUUUGGGGCCAAGAAGCAUGGCCAGUCAUUUCCCCGACAGAUGACUGUACUGGCAAAGUUCUUGGAAUGCGGUUUCAAACCCGAGGCACCGAAUGCUUGGACUGCCAAUGAUUGGUUCAGCAACAUCAACUCAGUGCCAUGGACCCCUGACCCGUUCGGGUAUCUUGGGCUCUUCAAGCCGCCUCGAGACGAGGACGGCGAACUGUACCGUAAUCGUGAAGACAGACAGGAUGUUUUCCAGAGGCGGUUCAUGGAUGCGGUGGAGAUAGGGGUUGACAUGGCGAAGAAGGAGGGAGGCACUGCCGGAAGGGCUGCAGCAAUCCUUGACCAAACACUGAAGGAUGGCAUGGGCGAUUACGAACGGACUUCACGAUUUGACGAUGACGAGGGCUUAUGGGUUGGAUACAUCAUGUAG